GGACAAAGGAACUCAGUCCCAGAGACAUGUAGGCCAGAGAUACUGCAGACGAUUAGGGACUGUUGGCUGGAGCCAAACACUCAAAGGCCCUCCUUCAACGACAUAGUCAGAGACCUCGAGAACAUCCUUGAGGAUGAUGAAGAUUACAUCAAAGUGGACAACGGAGUCCCAAUGGCCAAUAUUGAAUUUGGCGACCAAGGUCAAAUCUAGCGCACUCUCCUUCACGGGGACUAAGUAUGUUGGCUCUAAGCUCCCUGCCAUGUCUUUGGAGAAGACCUCCGACCUGGCCAAUGAGAACACAUGCUUGCCAUCCUCGCUGACCCUUGACCUCCGCUACCCACAUAGUGUUCAGUUUGAUUCUGACCUGAGCAAGAAGGCCAAAGGCACCACCACCUCCUCCACCAAGAAGCGCCACAACUAUGCCACAUCCACACCUUUGGACUUGCUGAAUGGCACCAUGGGUAGCAAUUGCAUCGACGAGGAAGAGUCCAGUCAACAGAGAGAGGAGGAGAGGGUCCGGAACCAGGAGAACGAGCAGGGACAGCACUGCACUGGGACCAAUGCCAAGUGGCUCAAGGAGGGUCAGAAUCAACUUCGCAAAGUGGCAGAGAGGCAGCAGGACCAGAAUAUAAAUUCUGACCAGGAUUUGAAUCACAACGAAAGUCCAGAUGGAAACCCCAACCAUAACUCUUUAGUGAUGGACCAGCAGGAGGAAGACAGUGAGCAGAACCCGUCUUCUAAGACCCUGAGGUCCCUCUGCUCGGACCUGAAUGAACCUCUGCUGAUCGACACCUCAGAGACCCCUCAUGGGAAGGAGGAAGAAGAGAAAGAGGACAGGGAUGAGGAAGAGUCUCCACUACUUCCAACAGGUGGAGAGAGGGACACAGACUCGUCUGAGGUGCAGAGUAGCAGUGAGUCUCAGAGAUAUGACAGUGGAGAAGUGAAGGACACAUGCCUGCUGUUUCAGGGCAGAAACGCAGCACCCAGUGAUGAGGACUCCAGUUGCAUGUCACUGUCUCAGGGCAGCACAGCCAACAGCACGCCAGACAGUGACCCAGAGUCUUACUGGGACCGCAGUGCGUUUGAGACGGACACAGACCUGCCUGCAGGGUGGAUGCGGGUCAGAGACGAGUCGGGUACCUACUACUGGCACAUCCCAACAGGCACCACACAGUGGGAGCCCCCCUCUCCCCUAGAGGAGGGAGAAGCCCCAGAAAGACCCUCCAGUACCUCCCCUGCCAUCACACCCAACGUGGAGCCAACGUUGAUGUGGAAUAGUCACACCCAGUCCCGCCCCAACAGAUUUAAUGACGAGGAGUUCUGGAAGGAGGAAGAUGCCAUGGCGGAUCAGACCCUAAAGGAUUUUGAAGGAGCCACAUUGCGUUAUGCCUCUAUCAACCUCAACUGCUCACAAUCUGAAGAAAAGGAAAAGAUGAACUCUCUCAUCAAUGACCCGGAGGCUAAGGUUUUUGCAGUCCGGUCACUUGGCUGGGUGGAGAUAUCAGAGGAGGAGAUGGCUCCAGGGAAGAGCAGUGUGGCUGUCAACAACUGCAUCAGACAGCUCUCCUACCACAAACACAACCUGCACGACACGGCUGGGAUCUGGGGAGAGGGAAAAGACAUGCUCCUUGUUCUGGAGAAUGAGAUCUUGAACCUGAUAGAUCCGUUGGGCCAGACCUUGCUGCACACCCAGCCUAUCGUCAGCAUCAGAGUGUGGGGAGUGGGCCGGGACAACGGCAGGGAGAGGGACUUUGCCUAUGUGGCGAGAGACAAACUGACUCAUGUUCUGAAGUGCCAUGUGUUCAGGUGUGACACACCUGCUAAGAACAUUGCCACGAGCAUGCAUGACAUCUGCUCUAAGAUAAUGGCCCAGAGGAAGUCAUCCAAAUCCUCUCUGAACAGACUGAACACAGACCCCUCUAAACUGGCAGACAUUCCUUUCCAGGAAUUUCCUGCACCAAAGAAUGAUCUAGUCCAGCGCUUCCAGGUGUGUUACCUAGGUAACGUGCCUGUGGCCAAACCCGUAGGUAAGGAACGCUUUGGUAUGGACCUAGUUAAUGUUGCCCUCGACACAGCAAUGAAUUCCAAAGUCAAGGAAGAGUGGACGUCAGUUACUGUGAACGUGGCCUCAGCCACACUUACUAUAAUCACAGCUGAGACAGAGGAGGUUCUGUCAGAGUGCCGGGUGCGCUUCCUGUCCUUCAUGGGCGUGGGGAAGGACGUCCACACCUUUGCCUUCAUCAUGGCCGAGGGCCCCGGGGACUUCAUCUGCCACAUGUUCUGGUGUGAGCCCAACGCAGCCAGCCUCAGUGAGGCCGUGCAGGCCGCCUGCAUGCUGCGCUACCAGAAGUGUCUGGACGCCAGACCGCCCAGUACCAGCUCCUGCCUGCCAGGCCCGCCGGCUGACUCUGUGGCACGCCGUGUGGGCUCAAGUGUCAAGAAGGGAGUUCAGAGCCUGCUGGGCAGCUUCAAGAGGUCUGGGUCCCAGACGCCCUGAGAGGUGCCAACUAACCCACUACAAAACACUCUACCCCCAGGCCAAGCCCACCAUGAUAGCCAUGGCUCUCCUCACUCCUCCACUGCCUCUCUAUCACCCCCAUUCUGAGGUGUUAUGGUAGAACCUGCUUCCCUUCUCAUGGGCACUGUGGGCUGCCUGUUGGGUUGGGGUACCAGUAAACCGAGUGCUGCCCACAGCUCCUCCAAGCAUUACACUUCCUUCACUUCACCUUCGGUUGGACAAGUAGGCAAUCUUUUCAUUUCUUUGUUUAAUCUGUGAUUUAUUAAAGGUCCAAUGCAGAAGUUCUCUAUCAAAUAAUUUCUGGGUAAGAAUAUAGUACUUUACUUUGAUUUGUUUUCAGGUAAAAUGGUCAAAAAUAAACAAAAACAGCUUCUUAGCAAAGCGCAGUUUCUCAAGAAUUUAGCUAGGACUGUCAGGGAGUGGUCUGAGGGGGGAAACCGAAAAUUUAUUUUUAUCGGAAGAGAUGUUUGGAACUCUUUCUUAUUGGUCUGUUAAGAGGAAACUUGGUCUAGUUUACAAAGUACCAACACUAAUUAUGCUUAGGAAAACAGUUAUGUUCUGUAACAUUGUUUCUGCUAUUUGUUUUGCAGAACAAAUAUAGUAUAUUAUUGGUGAAAAUAGAAAUGGAAGAUGUGCAAUUGAAUUGUGAAUGUGGUUGAGCUCAUGCCAUGUGCUUGUGGCACUAUCAUGUUGGUUUUCAUUUCAAAAUGGAUAUCGACUUGAAAGAAAUUAGAAACAGUGACAUGAGAAGUCUACAUAAAAUGCAGCAUGGUGAAUGAGUGUUGAGCUGGAAGCACUAAAACAUGCUAGCUAGCUAAUAUAAUAUUUGGCAAAUAAAUAUUUUGUAUAUAUAUAGUUUCUAUAGUACAGUUGUUGUGAUGCCGUUUUGUUUUAAGUCCCCUCUUCCUUCUUCCUUCUGGGGGAGCUGGUAAACCAGCAAGUGCAACAUUUUAUUUGUAUGUGUAUUGCAAAUUGCAGUAAAAUAUCUGUAGUUCAACUCCUCAAAUCUAAAAUGGAGAUGGCAUACUUUUAGCGCAUGAAGUUUUAGUGAAACCUCUCAUGUCUCAAAGAAAGCUUAGGCUAUCUGUUACUGCACUCCAAGUGGACAGUAUGUUGGAGGAGGAUGGAAACUUUCUAUUGUGUGGAAAUGGAUCUGAAUUUGAUUUUGUCAUCCUUUUUUUGUGAUCAGAUGUUGUAUGUUAGCCUGUUUAACCACAUUCUUUUUGAUCUGUUUAACAAUUAUUAUUUUUUACACGUGUUUAGUGUUAUAAUUGUUUUCCUUUACUCCAUUGUGUAUGUCUAAACUUGUUUUAAUUUAGUUACAUCUGAGCAGUGACAGCUAUUUAUAGCUACCCCCUUGUCCUUUCAAACUGUUUAUAAGAUCUGACAACUUUUAUGCCUCCUAAUUAAUUGGGUCUAAGGGAUGAGACACUACUGUCAUUGUGAUAGACAUGUCACUGAACUUGACAGUGUCUGUCAGUAACUCACAAGUCAUUUAACUCCCACUUCCUUUUUUAAAUUUCAGUUUUUAAACUCGUGACUGCCCUCUGCUGGGCUUUAGAAUAGUUAUUUUUCAUUAGCAGUGUGUCUGAUGACACAACAGGAGAGCUAAGAAGCCUGAUGCAUUUUGUUGUGCAAAGAUUGUAAUUACGGAAAGUGUUGUUUCUUUUAACCCACAACAGUGUUUGUCUAUGAAAUAUUCAGGCUGAAGUGUGUGUGGAAGUUUCCUCCUUAGCGUGCAGUAUGUGUAAAUCAUAUAAACACUUCGCUGCAUAUAAACGUCUUUAAAAUACACUAUUCCAUAGUUGACUGACAAGAGCAUAGUCUUCCCUUUUUGUUUUUGAAUGCAGUUGGUUAAAAAUACUUUCUUUUUAAAAUUAAAUUAUUAUAUUUUUCUAAGUGUGUUGUGUGUGUUGUGUGUGUUGUGUGUGUUGUGUGUGUUGUGUGUGUGUGUGUUGUGUGUGUGUGUAACAUAUCUGUGAGAUGGAGAUGCCUUUUUACCCUCAGUUCCUACCACUAUGUGGUCACUGUUGCAGCAGUGUUUCCAAAUCUGUAUCACCAUACUAUUUAUCCCCAUCCUUCACUUUAUUGUGCCACAUUUCUCCAGCUCUCAUCUGUUUUGGACAGCAAUUUGACCAGACAAGAAGCCAUAGGUUAGGCUUUGGCCUGGCUUUAGUUGCUCGCUCACUCACUCUUAAGUACUGACUAAUAAAAACAUAGACACGUAUAUGUACAAAGUAGUUUUUUUUUUAGUAUGACAUUGUUCUUGUUGUAACUGAAUUUGUGCGAUUUUCGUCACGCCUAUAAUUUUUACUCCUUACUCUACACACUAAGUACUCUACACUACUUACUGUAAAUGUCAGACAUUGGUUGCCUUGUACAAACAGAGCUUCCUGCGGUUAGUAUAUCAUUUAUUUUUAAUUCACACUGUAAUAUUGGACCAUGCUUUGAGGACUCAAAAAUACUAUCAAGAAUUUGUGCAUGUUUUUGCAAUACAUGUGACUACAUUUCACGUGUCAAAUGUUUUCCCUUCCAUUUCAAUAGUGACUGUCACUACACAUGUCCCUAAUCCACUUAUUGCUCACCUGUUUCUUUUGUUUUGCUGAGAAAUCAGUUAUAACCCAUUUAUAUAUUCAGUGUAGAUGUUAACCAGUGGGUGCACUUUGCAUGGCUGUUAUAUAAGAACUGACCCUAGCUUCUCAGAACAGGGGAGCACAGAGGGUCCUCAGUGUGUUUUCAGCUCUGUAAGGACAAAUAUAGGCCACGAUGGGAAGUCUGUACUGGUAUAAGUUAGCCCUACUAACAAAAACCCCAUCGGAUUGUCAAUGUAGAUUCCUUGUUGUAACGCUCAAUAUAUUUAGGUUGCUUUGGUGAUGUUCAAGGUUAAAUAUUUGUCUUAAGGAUUAAUCAUUGCAAUAAAAAUGAGUAAUACAUUCUUUUCUUUAACUUACGAUAAAUUAUUGAAGGAUUUACAUGUGUUGAAGAUGAGAAACCGACUUUGAUCCAAAUGUACCGCAACACUAAUAUGACAGGGCUGUGAUCAUGUCCUCUGUCAUAGGCCAUGGAAAAUAUCUAGGUUCAGUUUUUAACAAAUGUGAACUUUUAUAUGUCUGCUUUUUUGUUUUUCAGAUGUGUUCAGUGUGUUGUUAACCUUUCGAUGUGAGGUAUUUAUUAAGCCUUAUUAAAGAAACCUUACAAUGAAGCGAUACCUUUUUGUUCACACUCCUGUUUGUCAGCCAUGUGUAUUUUUUUAGCUUCUGUGUUCUUUCAUAUCCACUGGUGACUGUAAUGCAAAAAAGGUGGUCAUUUACAUAUCUGAAGAAUGUAAAUGAGGUAUGUGUAUGUAUAUACAGUACCAAUUAAAAGUUUGUACACCUACUCA